AUGGAACCCUGGCCUGCAGUGGCCUGGGUCCUACUGCUGACGGUCAUCGCUGAUUGGCUGAAAACUGCCCAAUCAAAGGACUUUACAGAACAGGACAUCAUCUACCUCCAUCCCUCAACCACUCCGUUCCCAGGCGGGUUCAAGUGCUUCACAUGUGAGGAGGCACCUGACAACUACGAGUGUAAUCGCUGGGCGCCAGACCUGUACUGCCCACAAGAGACCAGAUAUUGUUACACGCUUCACAAGAUGGACGUGGAGGGGGACAGUGUUUCCGUGACAAAGCGUUGUGUGGCUCUGGAGGACUGCCUCUCUACUGGAUGCUCUGAAGAAGACCAUGAAGGAAACAAGGUCUGUACAGCGUGCUGUGAGGGUAAUAUCUGUAACCUUCCUCUCCCCUGGAAUGAGACGGAGGCCGUGUUCGCCACCACCUCACCUCUCAGUGGCACCACAGGAAUCCCACAGAGCUACAGACUAAUAUCCUGCCUCCUUUUCCUCACCCUCCUCAUCUCCAGCUAUGUUUGA